GCACCGGACCAUCACACCGGGACUCUCUCGGCUGCUGAACGCGGCUGAGAGCGCACGGAGGGCGGCCGGAGGACGGGGGAAGGGUCGGAGUGAAGCCUGGAUCUACUGAUUGAUUGGCUGCAUCGAUGGAUGCGCGGUGUCACGUCUCACCUUGGGAGCCUGCGAUGCCGGGCCCCUGAGCCCUGACCCCUCUGAGAGACCCCUCUGAGAAGGAGGAGCGACCAGCAGAGCUCUGAGGAAGGAUGGAGAGAGGAGAGGAGGAGGAGAGCCGAGGAGAAGAGGCUUCAACCUCCUCCAGGGGGAGAGCCUCGCCCAGAGGAGGAGGAGACGCCUGUAGACAAAAUGUCAUCAACACACACAUGCUGGGGGCGGAGCCUCGGGAGGCGCUGCUGUUGGUGUACUCAGCUCCUCAGUAUCAGGGUCAUGUGGUGGUGAACGCCCCCCCGCAGCAGGAGAGGAGCGGUGGAGGAGGAGGUGGGGGACCUCCUCAGCUCCUGAACCCCAGCGCUCUCCUCCAUCAUCAGGCGGUGUUGGACCCCGCCUCAGGACGACCCCCGGCCUCUCCUCUGCCCAGAGAACGUCUGCGGGCGUGGGGGGAGGCCGGGGGAGGCGACUGCUGUGAGACCACCUUCAUCGAGGGGCUCAGUCCUGACGCCUCCUCCAGCAGCCUCUCCUCCACAAAGGGCGUGCUGUUCGCCGACGGGAAGUUUCUGGACUUUUCUGGAGAGGACACAAAGAUUCACACGCUGUCGUACGACAUCGACGACGAGUUCCAGGAGUUGGAGAGUGAUUACUCCAGCGAAUCAGAGAGCGAGGAUACCUUCCUGUUGAUGCCUCCCAGAGAUCACCUGGGCCUCAGUGUCUUCUCCAUGCUCUGCUGCUUCUGGCCGCUUGGCAUCGCCGCCUUCUACCUGUCUCACGAGACCAAUAAGGCGGUGUCUAAAGGAGACUUCCACCUGGCGAGCUCCAGUUCAAGGCGGGCUCUCUUCCUGGCCGUGCUGUCAAUCACCAUCGGGACGGGUAUCUAUGUGGGCGUGGCCGUGGCGCUCAUCGCCUACCUCUCCAAGAACCACCACUGGUAGCCUCGUCGCCAGGGAGGGAUAUUACCCAUCAGACACCAGGAAUGUGUUGGGAUGUCACCUGGAGUCCGGCUCUCAGCUGGGCUUUCCCUCGGCAGGACGACCCGCAGCGAUGAGCUUGAGGAAGACUUCCUGUUUGCAGACGGCACGUUCAACCAAAACGCGUCGAGACGUUCGUGUUUUUAAAUGGUGGCGUCGGCCGGCUGAUCCAACCUCGAUGGGUCGACUUUUUUUAGGUGACUCUGGAGUUUGGAGGACUCUAACCUGAAGACUUUAAACCAAUCAGAUCGCAGGAUCUUUGUGAAGAAUUGUGGGGAUUUUUAACAAGAUGAGAUGGAAACAAAGAAGCUGCAGCUGUUUGUUCUUCGGUCUCAUUUCCAGUGUGAGUUUUUCAAAGUAUUUCACAAUGUCACACUGUCACAAUGUCGCACUGUUACUUCACCCUCAAACAAUCUCUAUCCAGGCUGAGACUUACCUGUGAGACACAGAGAGGAUGGUGAAAGUUUUGGGAACCAAGACGCUUCAAAUUUGGUCAGACAAAUCAGUUGGAAACUUUAAAAACAAUGAAACAUAAAACAAAAAAGCUGUUUAA